AGUUCCCUCAUCAAGUAAUAAUUAGUACAAAACAAAAUUGUAAGCUAGCAAGACAUGGCAAAAUACACAGCCUUCGUUUCCCUACUCUUCUGUCUUCUCCUUGUUGCUGCUACCGAAAUGCAGAUGAUAGAAGGAAAAUACUGUUGGAAGAAAAGUCACAAGUGGCAUGGUCCUUGCCAAUAUUCUGACAGAUGUAGCCAACACUGCAAGCACUGGUUUGGAGCUGAAUAUGGAAUUUGUAAGAAAUAUCAAUGGGGACAUAAGCAUCACCAUUGGGCAAAUUAUGCUUGUUAUUGCUACUCGCCAUGCCAUUAAUCACAAAGAACUUAAAGAGUGUCUUAAGACUUAUCUUUUGACAACAAAAAUAAGAAAAUAUCUAUUUACGAUUGUGUUAUAAAUACUGCACCAUGAAGUUGAUAUGAUUAUGUGUGUGACAAUAGAAUAUUUAUUUAUGUUACUUUCAUUUUGUUAUACGAACUAUGGAUUUCUUCUAUAUAAUAUUUGGUUUUUCAA